UACAGGAUUUCGCAAUAAGAUUCCCAAAAAAUGCAUCACCCACAAGUCGUAAUCGGAGAUAGGUUAUCUCCGAACGCACUGCUUCAUUAACAAAAUUUCACUUCCAGCACAUUUUGACAUAUGUGAAUUGUCUUGGUUGUAAACAAUGCAUGAACCAUUGCAUGAGAAAUAAUCAAGUAUGGAGGAAAAUGCAGCCUCAUGUAUUAUUCAUUUUGGUGAUAUUUCAAAUGAAUUCUUGCGACAAUUUACUGCUGUGUCGCUUUCGAAAUUUAUACAUUGCCGGAAACAAUGGUUGACGUUAACUGGCGCUCAAAAUGAGGUAGCAGUAAACUCUCUAGAGUACUUUACAGACCUCGACGAAGAAAAAUUCUCUAGCGAUGAAACAAUUCCCCAGCGUAGCUUGCAAUAUCACAUCGACUGUUACCGAAGGUUUACAGACAAGACUAAAAUUGAGAGAGCACAGCGUUCCGCCAAAGCUUUACCAGGCAAAAGCAAAAUCAGCGAACCUGCGGCGAAAAAAACCAAGGUUGACUCAGAAGAAUACACAACGACACGAGGUAGACUUUCACGAGCUGCUGCAGCUGGAUCUAAAUCCACCCAUGUCUUACCAAGAGUGUGUUUAAUAUGCAAGAAAGAAGAACUGACGUACACUUGCCCGGUAACCAAGAAAAGAACAAUUCAAAAAUUGACUCAAAGCCAGACAUUUGAUGCAGGUAAAUUACGACUAGCAGCAGAGAAAAAAAAAGAUGAGUCCAUUUUAAUCCACAUUAGGGACCGAGACUGUGUGGCAAUUGAGGCAUGCUACCACAAGAAAUGUUAUGCUGGGUACACAAAUUUUUUAAAUUACAAGCAAACUGAUGAAAAAGUAGGAAAUGUUUAUGAGAAAUCAUACGAGUAUUUCUGUGAAGAGGUUGUCAAAAGACGGCUGAUAAUAAACAAAGAAAUCCUUUUCAUGCGCGACGCGAAAGCUUUGUCAAGGCUGUUAAUACAAAAGAAGGAUUGGAUGCCUCAAACUAUAGAGCACAUCGGUUAA